CGAAAGUGUGGAAACAAAACUUCAGUUUGAGGAAAGACUUAGUUGAGUGAGGACUAAACAUGGAUUUUGAUCUAAAAAUUGGUGAUUUAGUAUGGGCAAAAAUGAAGACAUUUUCGCCUUGGCCAGCUCGUAUUGUAGAACCCGGCCCAAAUACACCUACCAAAACAGGAAGAAAAGAAAUGCAAUGGGUCUAUUUUUUUGGUACCAAAAACUAUGCUUGGAUAGAAAACACAAACAUUAAACCAUAUGCUGAAUUCAAAGAAAAAAACAUUUCUUCUAACAAAGCAAGUAAUACGGGUCCAUUCAAGAAGGCGAUAAGUGAAAUUGAAGAAUUCAGAGCCAAAUUAUUAGAGGAUCCUAAUUAUGAAUUGCCUUUACCUGUUACCAGGACACCAUCAAAAGAGAAAAAUGAUCCCGAUAAAAAAUUCAACAAGCUGAUAUCACCAAAGAAAUCGACAAAGAAGUCACCAAAUACGUUGAAAGUAUCAAAAUCAAUAUUUAAUAAAAAAGGAACAGGGACUGAGGCUGCUCCAGUCAAGAGACAAAAUUCAGAUGCCAGUUCCACAAAAAAUUCGACGCCCUCAGUAAAAAGAUCAAGAGGCUCUCCUCGUUUUAAUGAGAAUGGAAUCAGUGAUGUUGGUACCGAAAUUUUGAAUCGCCCUUCAAUUUUGGACGCUCCGGAUUCUCCUGCUGUUGACCUGAAUACAUUUUCUGAAUUGCUGAAAACAAAAGACAUCUUAGCUUCAGAUCUUACAUUCGGAUUUAUUGGAUUGGGCACUAUAGGAAUGGGCAUAGUGAAGAAUUUGAUCAAUUCUGGGCACAAAGUGAAUCUGUACAACCGGACACUCAAAAAGUGUGAAGAUUUUAAAACACAAGCAGAUAGUGACACUAAUAAAGUAGGCCUUGUCAAUACAUAUAUUACUCCAUGUGAUGUCAUGCAAAAUUCAGACAUAGUUUUCAAUUGCGUUAGUGAUCCGUACAAUGCCAAAGAGAAUGUCGUUGGUAAUUGUGGAAUCACAAAAGUAGGUGAUCAUCUCGAAGGCAAGGGAUACGUUGAAAUGACCAGUAUCGAUCCCCAAACAUCGAAGGACAUGUGCGAAAUAAUAAAAAGUAAAGGAGGUCGUUACCUUGAAGCUCAAGUCCAAGGUUCCAAAAAUGAAGCUGACGAAGGCAGUUUGGUGGUAUUAGCUGCAGGAGAUAAAUCGUUAUUUGUAGAUUGUCAGUCUUGUUUCAAAGCCAUGGGAAAAACAGCAUUUUUCCUUGGAAAUGUUGGAUAUGCCACGAAAACGAAUUUAAUUUUGCAGCUGAUGAAAGGUGUAGCCUUAGUUGGCUUGGCUGAAGGAUUAGCACUAGCAGAUAGAUGCGGCAUUUCUUCAAAAGACGUUCUCAACAUUUUUAAUCUUACCAAUCUUGCAUGUGGUUAUCUUAGCAAUAAAGCCGAUCUCAUUGUCAAGAGAGAAUUUAAACAUGUCGAGCAAGCCAUCAAACAUAUGCAAAAGGAUAUGCAGCUCGCUUUAGAUUUAUCCGAUCAAUUAAAGCAACCCCUAUUGAUGACAUCAACUGCUAAUGAAGUUUACAAACAUGCUAGGAGAUUGGGAUAUGACGACCACGAUUCUUCUUGCGUGUACAUGAGGACGAGGCAUUAGUUCGGUCAUGAAAUACUUUUUUUUAAUAAUUUUGUUAUUGUGGAGAUCUAUUGUAUAUUGUAAUUUUUAUGGAAGGCUUUUGUACCGCAGAAAUGUUUACAAUAUUUUCGGAUUAGAUUUUCUAUUAAAUAAUUUUCGUCAUAAAAUAAGGAUUUCAAUUAAUUUCAUCAAUAAAAUGUCCGGAAAAAAUUUAGAUCCUAUACAUUUAAUACAUUAUAUAUUGUAUGCUCAAAAACAUUUUUAAUUAAUUUCGACAUUCAAUGUUAUUUUGAACAUGAAAUGAAUAAAUCGUUAUUAAUUCCAGAGGCUCCCAAAUUAAAAUUUUGUUUAUUGAAUAAUUGAAUUUUUUGUAGAACAUUUCAACAUUAAUAAUAAACGAUAAGCCUCUUUUUGCCCCUAAAAGGGACAAAAAAGGUGUAACAAUUAAAGAAAAUGUAAAUAAUUUAAAACUAUCUAUAGUUUGUAAUUUAUUCGAAUAAUCGUACACACAAUGAAUGAAUUUCUAGUUUAAUGGGAAUAUUAGGCACACGUAUUAAAUAAUGAGUUUUUUGUUGAAUAGAAUUAUGUAUUAAGUUUCUUACAAGGAUUUUGAAUGUUUUUAACAUUGACAACAAAUGUUCUUUCUGUAAGUGAGCUUUAUCAAUUAUGGUAUUUGAAUGGUUUUGUUCUUAUUUUUUGACAAUUUUCUAAACUUAGUUUCAUACCGAUAGUUGUUUGUAAUAAGUUGUAUUACCCAAUAUGUUUCAGCUUAUGAAAUACAGUCUAAAUUUGAUCAGCUUAAUUUUUAUAUAUUUAAAUAAUUUAUUGAGAAUGAAUUAAUGAAUAUUACGCGUAAUUUUUGAAUUCAAUAUGUUGCGUUAUUAAAUUUUCUAACGCGACGAUAAUAAAUUGGACGAUAAUAUCAAUAUAAAGUUGAUUUAUAAUACUUACAAAAAUUUUCAUUGGUUUUCCAUUGUUGCUUCGCAUUUUUUCGAAUUUCGACACUUUUCCUUAAUAAUCGCUUUUUUCCAAAAUUUUUGCCAAAAUCUUUGUGAUUUUUAUUUGUUGUAUAUUUGAACGAUUAAUUGGCUUAGUGUUUCGUCAUUAUCCUCAUCGUCAUCAUCAAUCUAUUGCAGAUUAUAUCUAACGCUAAUGCAUCGAAUUUUGAUCCAUUCGUUUAAUUAGAUAAAACCACGUCUUUUUAUAAUUCUCUGUAGGCUCUGACUAUUCUAGUAAUCCUUUGCGACCUACAUUUCAAAUUCCAGUUAACGUUUUUUAUAUAUUAUGUCGUAUAUGUUUCUUCACGUUGCAAUCUGAGUGUUUUGAUGAUUCAUAUAUUUUCGCUUUCUAGUUUAAAUUUGAUUUUCUUAUUACUUGUGUAUUUUACUGCUUCAUUUCGUUUGUUCUAAUAUCUUUAGAUUAUUUUUUUGUAUUUUUCACUGUGUGAUUUGUUAGAUACUGAAAGUUCUUAUUUUUGUUAAACUUGGGUUUAUCCAUGUUAAAAAAUUUUUGUAUGCUCUCUUGGUGCAUCAAAGCCUUCUUUGAAAUCUGCGAGUAUAUUACUGUUAUGUAUCUAAUUUUUGUUCCGGCCUGUAUAUUACACUAAUUUUCAACUUCCCUGGCUUUUUUCUGGGGUACUCUAGAUAUACAUCUCUUUUGAUUUCCCUUUUAAAUUUAUGUUCAUUUUUUUAUUUUCUACCUAUUAUGUUUUUUUUCUAAGUCAACACUAUCGAUAAUUUGAAGUUCAGGCUUAGGUACCAUCUAGAUUUUUUUUAAUUCUGAAGGUAAUUAAUUUACUUGCAUCCAGUAAAUAUAUUUUGAAAACCUAAAAAUUUUCUGUGGAUUAUUCUGUUUCUAACGAAGUUUAUUAUCAGAUUCAUUUAAUAAUAGUUAACGUGAAAUCAAAUACAAACUUCCAUAAAAAUUCAAUUAGUUUAGAAAUAAUUUUAUAAUAAUGACUAUAUUAAGUACGGAAAAAAACAGUUUUUAUAUAGAAAUCAAUAAUCAUAUUCGUUAGUUCAAUUAAACUUUCUUUAUUUUGGUUAUGAACAAUUUAAAUUGUUUAAUACCUGUAUAAUAUUUGAAAUAGUAAAUGAAUUUUUAUGUUUUAAUUUGUCCAUUAAAAUAAUAUUAUUAUAAUGUUUUGUUUAUAUUUCAUUCUUCAUAUAAGUACCCAAAGAAAUGUAAAUGUAUAAUGUUAAUAAAGUAAUCAAAUGAAAAUUGAAA